CGGCGUGCGCCGGUCCGAUGAAAAAAAAUUCUUCGGGAAAGUACCUAAUAAUAUAUGUUCGGUUUAUCAUAGCGUUACAAUAUAAGAAAGCUUAUUCUUUGCCAAUUAUCAAUAGCUAUACGUAUAAUACGAUGUUAAUAAUAAAAGUAAACUAAUUUGAUUUAACAUCAUGGACGGAAAUAUCAAAAAAUCUUGCCCGAACUGCAGUCAACUUUAUAACGUAACAUGCAUUGGGUCACAUCUGAAAGGGAACAUUCCCUUGUUCCUUACAUGUGGCCACACCAUGUGCGAGACAUGCAUUCAAAGCAUCAUCAAAUUUAACGAGCCUAUUGAAUGCAAGGUGUGCAAACAAAGCCCCGAGAUGACUAUAAGUGACCCUGCCAAGCUGGUCAAAAACAAAAAGGAGUUUUACAAAAUGUUUCCGGUCAACAUGUCCAUGUUAGGAGAAAUCGCGAUGGAACUCAUGCUUGAAGGUGAUUCGAAAAAUGAUCACAAUGAAAACUAUUUUGUAGAUCUCAAGUCUAUUAUUCAGAAUACUGACUACACUACAGGACAAUGCAUUGAAUGCCACCAGUUCACAACUAAAAUGUGCCAACAGUGCCAAACCAUUUUAUGUGACAACUGCUUCAACAAGACACACAAAAAUUUUGUAGUCUUCAAAACACAUGUUCUCCAAAAUAUAGAACCUCUCAUCCAUGCCAACAAAUGCAAAAUCCAUAGUGAUAAGACACUUGACUAUUUCUGUAAGGACUGCCAGAAGUCUAUUUGUAUGGAUUGCCUCAUGGUGGGAGGUGAAAAGUCUUGCAAGAACCACAAUGUAGCAUCCAUGCAAGAAGUGAAUGAAGGGUUUCUGGAAGACCUUAAUGGGUUAUUUCCAAAAGUAGAUGAAACUUUUAGAAGACUUACUAAAACUGCAGUGGACGUAGGGCACCUGUUGUAUAACAUAGAGAACCAGACUGGAACUACUUCUGAACUCACAAAAAUGAUUGCCACGGUUGAGCAACACUUUUCAAAGCUUAACUCAAUAGUACAAAAACAUAAGACUGAAGUUACAGAAAUUAUUACUAAGUUAAAGUGUGCUGAAAAAGAAUCUCUGUAUAAGGUAAAGGAAGAUAUCACAAAAACAAUAAAAAAGGCUAAAGAAGUUAUUAACACCAUGACUCUCUCCCUGGAUAAAAAGAAAAUGAAACAGUUGAACUUAUGUGUUCUACUGGAAGAUGCCAAGCAGAUUGCUGAAGCUCCAUGGUAUUUGAACAAAAGCAACAUCAAGAAUGAAAAUUUAAAUGUGGCUGUCAACGACGACGUUUGCAACCUCAUUAGCGAUUACAUACAUUUGGAAGGCAAUGCUAAAUCCGGCUACAGCUUGAUCUUAACUGCGGAAUUGGAAGAGGGAACCGAGAUACCUCCAGCGCCGAUCGCUCCAGUGUAUCCGCCUGAACUCCCUAAAGAUGUCCGUCAAAAGAAAGCCCCAAAGCAAAAGGCGGAAAAGGCCCAACAGCCACCAAAGUCAAUGCCGUUUUACGACUCAUCCUCGAUGUUCCGCAGCAAGGGCGGCUCCACGUCCUCCAUCAACUCCGUCGGCACGGCCGGCAGCGACUCGUCGCACGUCAGCGGCGCGACCAGAUUCAGUGAAGCUUUCAGUAGGCCUGUGGUACAACCAGUGUCGCCGUUCACAGAAAGUAGAGUUCCUAGACAACUUCAUGAAGGAUCUCAGGAGAUGAUUUACAUCACACAUAUUGUGGAUCCUCAUAAUUUCUAUGUCCAACGUGCUUGCCACCAAACUGUGGUGAAAGAAAUGCUGCGAGAGUUCAAAAAUUCUGUUUCGUCACCAAAACCAUCCAUAGCGCAUAUUACAGAAGGAAAGUUGUACCUGGCGUUCAACAAGACGGACAACAUGUGGCAGCGCUGCCGCAUCGUCAGCAUCGACCGCAAGAAGCCCGACAAGCCGAUCUGCACCGUCUUCUGUAUCGACUUUGGCAGUACAGAAUUAGUUCCUGCUGACAAGCUUCGUCUGCUGCAACCAGGCAGAGUGCAGUCGCCGCCGCCGCUAGCCAUCAACUGCUGCUUGGCCAACUGCGAGCCCAAGUGUGGCACCUGGACCUGUGAAGACUCUUACCUCAUUCAGAAUAUUAUUAACAACAAGCAAGCGGUGAUAUAUAUCCGCAACAUCCAGUCGACGUCCAACUUCGGCAUGCGGCUGGUGUGCGACGUGACCACGUUCGAGGACGGAGUGAGCCUGGCGCAUGCGCUACUCUUCCACGAGCGCGCCAAGCUCAUCAACCCCAAGCUACACUACCCAAGAAUAUCCGGAUUGAGAGAAAAGCCGAAAUUGUUCAUGUUGAACAAUAAUUUAAAGUUGAAAUCAAAACAAGAAGUUAACAUAACGCACAUCUGCAGCCCCGACAAGUUUUAUGUGCGAGAGUGCCACUUGCAGAACUCUUUUGAAAAACUGACUGAUGAUUUGGAACAAGAGUACAGUUUGGCUCUUAAUACUGAAAACGUGCAUCUCCCAGAAGUCGGCAUGGUGUACGUGGUGAACACGGAGGCGGAGCGGCGCGCGGAGGAGUCCCGCGCGCGCGCGACGGCGGGCUGGGCGCGCGCGCUGGUGCUGGAGCUGCCGGGGCGCGGGCGCGUGCGCGUGCUGCUGGUGGACUCGGGCGCCGUGCUGCUCGUGCACUGGCGCGCGCUGCGCCCCGUGCGCCCGCACUUCACGCAGCUGCGCGCGCUGGCGACAGAAUGUCACCUCGCCGGAGUGACACCCCUGAACAAGAAAUGGAGCGCAGCCUCCGUAGCCCUACUGCACCGGUUCGAAGACCGCGUGCUGGAGCUGCACGUGGAGGACAACCGCAACCGCGGCUCGCUCGGAGUCACGCUCUACGACCGCGGCGGCGACGAGCCCGUCUGCGUCAACAACGAGAUGAUCAAGUACAAGUUUGCCAUCACCUUUGGUCUCUUUAGAUUCAAUUUGAGCGACAGUGAAAGCCAAGGUACAAUACAUAAGGGUCCGCAAGACGAAAAGAAGAAAUCGGACACUAAACGUAAUGAUAAAAAAAUUAAAAUACUGACCCACGAUGAUGAUAUCAAAGUAGAUGACGAUGCCAAAGCAGAUGAAGAGAACUUGGAAGCUAAGGAUAAAGGUCCACUCAGGCUCGAAGCCAAGUUACUGCAGUACCAGUCGCCUUCUCUACUGUACGUAUCGCUAGUUCACCAACAGAAGACAUUCAGUCUCUUAUUUGAGAAAUUACAAACGGAAUACUCAAAGGCAAACUCUGAAAAUGAGAAAAAGGAUUGGAAGGAAGGCGACAGAUGUUGCGCAUUCUGUGAGGAAUCCAAAACUUGGCGGCGAGCUGUCAUAGUUGAGCUAGUAGACAACAAAGCAAAGUUAUUCUUUUCUGAUUUCGCACUGGUCGAGACAGUGCCUCUCGACAAUUUAAGAGCGUUGACCCCAGACUUCGAGUCUUUGGGCGACGCCGCAAUCAAAUGCCACUUGUCCGGAGUGAUGCCGGCAGUCGGCACCGAAUGGCCUUCCCUCACUAAAGAGUAUCUCAAAGAAUUAUUGGAUGUGUACGCAAGAGUGUUUAUAACCAAAAUAGGGAGCUUCAAGGACAGGAGUAUGCCUGUGGAGUUAUGGGUGUACCACACCACCCAAGGCGGCGCUCUGGAGCCCGACACGUCGGAGUGGCGCUGCCUAAAUCUGAAAAUCAUUGAACAAGGUCUGGCGAUACCCGACAAAUCCGAGACGGCCAUCGAGAAUUCAAACGCUACGAACGACGACGACGAAAUGCUGUCGUUCGGCAACCUGACUGGUUCCGUGCGCGAGUGGCUGCAGCUGGAGCCGCUGCCGACCAAGCCGCUGCUGCAGGCCGACGUGACCGGCGCCUCCACGCCCGAGCUGGAGGACGUCAACGCCCACAUCGACCAGGUGCAGGCCGGCGCCUCCAACACCGUCUUCAUAUCUGAUUGGCUGCCGGCCGAGCCUUUGCCGACCAACGAGUUCACUGGGGUACCGACGUACAUCGACAAUGAUGGUGUAGUCUUUCUGCAUCAGCUGUCACAGGAAGAGACGCUGGAGCUCAUUCGCAAGGCGCUCGAGGUCCGCUUCAAGAAACCCGACCCUAAGGCCAAGUAUGCGAAGUGGACCGUGGGCGAGCCGUGUGUCGCGCUGUACUUCUUGGACAACCGUUUCUACAGGGGGCGAGUGUUGGAAGUCAAUAAAGAAACAUCCUCCUGUUUAGUCCAGUACGUCGAUUAUGGCAAUGAAGAAGUCUGCUCGUUUGUCAACAUGAGGAAGAGCAUUGCUCUUCACCAGAUACCCAUACAGGCCCACAAGUGCAUCCUAGCUCGAAUUCGCCCAAUAGGCAACCAGUGGGAUAGAACAACUUUGGAUUACAUUCACAAAUCAGUCGUAGAGAAACACUGUUUGGUCAAAAUAUCUGGAGAAAGGAUCGGCGAUCUCUUGCCAAUAGAGCUGAAAUACGACAAAUUGUGGAUUAACGAUCACUUGGCCGACUUCGAGAUGGCAGAGUACACUGACGGAUCGAAGACAGUUGUUAGAAAAUUUGUGCCGAACCCAAAUGUAAAGACACCAGGAAACGAAGACCUGAAAUCCGACUCGGGGCCAGAUUAUAUCGUAGAUGAAGACGCCGAGAGCGCGGAGCUCCUGUCGUCACACGAUUGUUCCUUCGACGCGAAGUCUUUUGAGACUGCCGAUUGGAAUUUGCUUAUGGAACAAGAAGGCCAGUCAAAAAACGAAAAAGUGAUGACUUAUACGAAAUAUGAAAAACCAGAAUUCCUGUCUAAUAUUUUAAUUAUAAAUGAUUUAGAUAAUCUGGAAUUAAGUGUUGUUCAUAACGAUGAAGAUAACUUGCUGUAUGAUGAGAUGUUCGAAUGUUUGCAAAAAGAAGCCGUCGAUUUGCCUCCGUUAAACGGUAUAUAUGAAGAUAAACCAUGCAUUGGAUUGUUUCGGGACGAAACUGGCCAACCAGGGUGGUACAGAGCGACUAUACAACGUUACAGCAAAUCAAAAGGACUCGUCAAAGUACGCUACGUAGAUUAUGGCAAUACUGACGUCGUUUCUAUUUCGAAUGUAAAAGAAAUAAGCGAGAAAUGGUUAACAUUGCCACCUGCCAGCAUACAGGUAAAUUUAUACAAGGCCAGAGUAAAUCCCCACGUUGACGUGAAUAUUGUGUCAACUAAAUUUAUUGAAAUAUUUCUGGAUAAGGGGCCAUUCCAGACUAAAAUCAUGGCAUAUGAAAAUUCUAUACCCCAAGUAGAGCUCCGAAACGAAGAUGGGAAACUAGUUUACAGCAAGCUCUUAAGCAGCGGAUAUUUGAUAGAUAACGAUUUGUGUACCAAUGACAAAUUUUAGUUCUUUGUAACAGAAACAAAAACGAGUAAAAUACGAUUUCUUUAUAUAACCACACAACUUUUUACAACGGUUUUGUUAAAAAGUCUCAAAAUAUCGUCCCACUGAUUUAACAAGUUAAACCCUGGGGCUCGAACUAAUGAUCUUGUUCCUUGGCCCCUUGUAGUACAGCUUUCAUAAAAAAUCGAAUUUGGAAAGCUGUCUCUCUAGUAUUCCAAAGCAUUCUGUGAUUGUUUUGACUAAUGUUGAUUAGGUAAUAUAGAAUAAGUUACAACGGAAAAAAGUUAGUUAUGUUGAUUCUUUUUAAUUUUACGUUAAGUGCUUACAAAAUGAUAUUAUAAGUACCUAGCUUUAUCUGAUGGUGAUGAUUAUUAGAUCAGUGGUUCCUAACCUUUUGAGAUGACACUCCUUUGAUUAACUGGCAACUUGAUUUUACCUCCAUUAUCAAAAAUAUUAAUCUUUAUAGGUCUGAUAA